GGGGGUGGCGUGCCGACCGGUCGCCCGCGGUCACGCGCCGGAGGGCGAGCAGAAUGAGCUCGGGGCGCUCGGGCCUCGGCGGGAAGCUAGGGUACCGACUGCCAGCCGAGGGCCCCACUCGGCCUUCGGGGGGCGGGGGGCGCGCUCCGCAAAGGGGAAACUGAGGCCCAAGGAAUUUGGGUACAUCUCCUAAAGUCACAAAGCUGAGUCUCACCCUCACCCGGGACCCCCACCCAACUGUCCAUGACCCGGAAGAAUCAUUCCCGUCCCUAUCUUUCCAUUCUGUCCUUCCGGUUUCCCGGAGAGAUGAGGAAGGAGAGGCUCUAAACUUGCUCAGAGAGGAGGAGACAACAGGAAGAAGCGGAGUGGAUCCUGGAAUCUUCCUGUGGAAGUGAGGCACACAGUCCCACGGCCACCUUCAGCCAAGUUAUGCAUGCCAGAGGCCCCCCUGGCCUACCGACCCCGGCACUGCCUCUCGCUUCCUCUGUCCUGAUGCUGCUAAUGAGCACCCUGUGGCUGCUGGGGGCCGGCCCCAGCCUCGUCCUGGCCCCAGAGCUGCUGCUGGACCCUAGGCAGGCACACCGGCUGCUCACACAUGCUCUGGGCCACACGGCCCUCCCCAGCCUGCUGCUCAGCCUGCUGCUGCUGCCCACAUCGGGCUGGCAGCAGGAGCGCCACCUGGGCACGCUGCGGUUCCUGCAUGCCUCCAGCCUGCUCGCGCUGGCCUCCGGGCUGCUGGCCGUGCUGCUGGCUGGCCUCGGGGUGUCCGGUGCAGCCGGGGGCUGCGGGUACAUGCCCGUCCACCUGGCCAUGCUGGCGGGGCAGGGUUCUCGCCCUCGACGGCCCCGGGGGGCCCUGCCACCCUGGCUCCUGCCGUGGCUGCUGCUCGCCCUGACACCACUGCUCAGCUCCGAGCCACCCUUCCUGCAGCUCUUCUGCGGCCUCCUCGCUGGCCUGGCCUACGCUGCCGGGGCCUUCCGGUGGCUGGAGCUCUCAGAGCGGCGGCUGCAGGCGCUGCAGGAGGGUGUCCUGUGCCGGGCCCUGGCGGGGUGCUGGCCGCUCCGGCUCCUCCCCGCCCCAGGUGGCCCAGCUGAGCUGCCCGUCGCCCAUCCUCCCGGAGCGAGGUCCCCCACCCCUGGACCUCCCCGCAUGGCCUCCCCUAGCCUCUGGCCCCUCAGUGAAGGCUCAGCCUCUAUCCCACCAGGCCUGAAGCCCGUGCAGCCUCUCUGGGAGGGCUCCUCAGAGGCUGGACUGGCCUGGUCUGGGCCUGGCUUCCCCCCGGGGACCCCGCUGUGGGCAGCCCUGGACCAGCAGAUGCUGCAAGAGGGGAUCGAGGCCUCGCUGCUUGAAGGCCCAGCCCAGGGCCCCGAGAGCCCACUCUGGUUGCCUAAGUCCUCCGUCUCCUCUCUGCGGCUGCAGCAGCUGGAGCGCAUGGGCUUCCCCACGGAGCAGGCAGUGGUGGCUCUGGCAGCCACGGGCCGAGUGGAGGGGGCCGUUGCACUGCUGGUCGGUGGGGAGGUGGGCACCGAAGCGCUGGUGACUCAGGGGAGAGAAGGGCCCACCCACCCUGAGGGUCCUGGGCCCCCAUAGCAUAGACAGGCCCUCAGGUGAGAAGAAGCCCGGCCUGUGAGGGGGACGUUGGAGCCCCAGCCCUGUCUGCUAGAGUCAGGAGGGGGUCCAGGGUGGCCCCCCAGCACCCUGCCCCAGUACUGUUGAGAAUAAAACCCAGUUUACUUUUC